AUGUCUCAAAACAACGGAGGAACGCCCCCUGAUAGCAGCAACAAUAGCAACAACAACAACAGUAAUGAUAACAACAAUGAUAACAACAACAACUUCCCCGGCGGGGCCAGCUUCAACUACCCAUCGCCACCAAGCCAGCAACAACAGCAGAAUACUCAAUCUGCACAAUCUGAUCUCCGGGGACAGCAAUCUCACAACAUCAACAACAUGAUCACGCACCUUUUCGACGAGGAGCCUACACCCAACGAGCUGAAUAGAUUCUACCAGGAAACUUCGGCAUCUGCGGCAUCCAAUACUGAUUAUCCUCCUACUCAUCUUUUGUAUUUGUUCGAAAAUGUCCGGAACAUGCUUCCACCCCUUGUACCCGCCCCACGCGCCAAUACCCCCGUUGACGGCCCAGUGGCGCAGACGGAGAGCGAACUUGCUCUUUAUAACCACCGCGUUCGUUUAAUACGGGAGCUUAUCCAAGCUGUGCAGGAAUGUGUAAACUCGCGUCCGCAUGCUUCACCCCCUCCUGCUUCACCUCCUCAUGCUUCGCCUCCCCCGGAUUCACCUCCUCCGGAUUCAUCUUCUUCGGAUUCUUCAUCUUCUUCCGGUAAUUCUUCAGGGGCUUCCUACUAUACAGACGACUCAGAUCCUCCGGACGAUCAAGGUGUACCGGUCCUGUAUGCCACGGAUUCUCCUUCAGAUGAUGAUGACACGACUUGGACAUUUGAUAUUUUGAUACCUGAUAGUGAUUGGGUCUAUUCGGAUCAUACGGACGACGAAGUCGACCUCUCCAGCACGAAAGGCGAGGCUGACGACGACAGCGUCAGAAGUGAACCUGAUAUGUUCGACUAUCCCUGGGACAGACCCAUCUACGAGAUAGCAGAGGACAUGGCAGCAAGCGUCCCUCGUCUUCCCAGCCGCCCAGCCGUCCGCCUCCCAUGGCCACGUAGCCAUUCUCUGCACAACUUUAACGCCACACCAGUGCCCCAACCAAGAAAACGCCGGCAAACGAUCUAA